GCACCAAGCGGGGUACCCAUUAACCCUUUCCAGUACACGGUGGACACAUACAUGCGUGUGUGUAUAUCGAGGUACACCCACGCAUGCAGUCCUGCGGCAUUUGCGAAAAACCUUUGACCCUGCUCAGUGUCACGCAAGGGAAAAAUCAAUCAGCCAAUGCCUGCAAAACUUUGCGAAGACGAGCCAACUCUGCACUUUCCCCGCCUGUGACGUCAAUGGGUGGCUGAUUGGCCGCUGCUGCGUCAUCUGAUCAAAUUUAACUACUAUCAUCUGGGCCUUUUGCCAUAACUUAUUUCUGCCAUAGGUUCCACUGCGGAAGUUUCCACAUCCCAUGUCCAUUGUCCGAAACUAACCUUUCACAAGAUCUGACUUCGCAUAAGCAAUCGCUACACUUGGAGAAAUGUAAAGCAUUGUCGAAUUUUUAUAAGUUUCAUAAAGUUUAGUUUUAUAGACUAAAAAAUAAUACAUAGAAAUUCAUAGAAAUGUGCACAGUGCAGUAUUUUCAGUCUUGUUAUCAAUGUUUUAGGUAACCCAGAAACCUUUGACGUCUCUUCUGAAAAUGAAAGAGAGUACUCUGCCCUUAAGAGAGUGCGAAACUGCGACCAAUAAAAAAUUUGAGUCGUUGAGCAAAAACCCUUGGUUAAUAGUAUUUGUCUCACUUCGCUAUCCGUGUGUAUUUUACACUGGUCCGCUACUUUCUUUAUGAAUUGAUCAGGUCACGUUUUCCAGUAGAAAACUCCGUCACAUGGGUUGAUUACGGUGCGGACCGCAGUGGAGUUAUCUUCCCUAAUCUGUCCAAUCUCAAGGGUUUCUUUGUUUACAUUUUGUAGAUAUGCAUAGCGUUAGAGGCUUGAAAAACAAAGCAAUCCGCAAAUCGAAGGUUGCUCGGUUGGUUGACUCAUCCCCAGAGUGACAAUUGUUGAUAUACUGCGGCGCACUGCAGAUUAAAUUUCAUGAUGGAUUUCUGAUGAAUAAUUAAACUAAAGAUGGCAAGUUGCCGCAUCUAGGGUCGUUGCAAGGCCUUCAACCUGAGAUACUUAGAUACCGAAUCGGAUAUCCAACGGCAGCCAUCUGAGCAAAUAGCAACCAGAAACAUGAGCGUUGAAGUUAUUUUUAAUAACUACACGUACUCGACAAGUGAUGCGAAAAUAUUUACUCUUGUGGUGGUUUACUCUUGCUUUUUGGUAAGAAAGAUAUAUUCUUCUGGAACAACAAUCUGAAGUGAGCUGCCAUAAAUCUGAGAAUUGUUAAUUCAGCUGUCAUCUAUCAGCACACAGGUUGCAAAUCAAAUCAGGCGAAGCUUUCUUAUCAUCUUUUUUGCGAGCUUAUCUUCAUGAGCGAACCCCAUACACCUGCUAACGCACUCGAAAUACUUUUAAAUGUUGAGCUAUCAUUGAAGUCCCCCUCGUGAUCCUUGGGAAUCUUUGCUUCGUUUGUGACGUUUCACAGCUUAUUCACAUUUUUAUAAAUAUUGUUCUGCUCACACAAAAGUCUACAUUCCCCACAACUUCCAAUGAAAUUCCAUCCGGAGGAAGCUGUCCAACUGGUGAAGGCAUUUGCGAGAUUCGAAUGCAAUGCCCCACGCAGAAUACACAUUUCCGGAAGGCAGUUCUUGUCCUAUUGACAUUGGUUCCUCAGAGAAAUUCAACCUGCGCAGCUAUGCUCUUAAGGCGACUAAGGAUGUCGAAUCGGGGGAGGAGCAAGAAGAGAUACAGGAGAUGAAUGAUGAGCUAAAGGAUUUGUUCAUCAAUACAACUGCCAUCAAUUGCUCGUCCCUCUCUGAGCUAAAUAUCCAGACUGACGCUUUCAACGCCCUUAAAGAGCGUACACUAUUCUCAUUGGGCUACUCGACAGCUGGGCUUUUAAAGAAAUCGAAAAUUAGUAAGACUCUAAAAGGGAAGCUCAAUUUAUACCAAGAGGUUGUGAGCCUUGUAAAGCAACGUAAAAAGACCAAUUCUGAGAUCACCAUAGGAAAGACGAGGCAUCCCGUGCAUCUGAUGGUCUUACAGAGUUUUUCGCGAAUGUUUCGCGAUAUGGGCAAUGAUCUGAGCGUGGACCUGCCCGAAAUGAUGAUUACGCCACGCUCCUUUGGCCUAAUAUACGAAUGGAUGAUCGAGGACACGCCAAUCCUGCCUCGACUCGGUCUUCUGGAGGUUUUCCACGCUGCAAAUUUUCUGGAGAUUCCACAGUUGGUCAGGCAGUGCAAGUAUUGCCUCGAUCAUGGAUUCACUGAGGACUCCGCUGCGAUGCUGUACUUUGAGGCGAAAAUACUGAAACUUGAGGUCAUCCAUUUGCAAUAUCUUCAGCGCGUCUCAAAGUUUUUUCUCACGCUGGUGGCAUCGAAAGAGUUUUUGAGACUGCCACUUAAAUCAAUGCUAUUGCUGAUCCAAUCGGAUCUGAUAGGCGUGAAUACGGAGAUGGAGGUCUUCAUGGCAGCCGCUCGGUGGCUAAGCCACCACUGGCCUCAAAGACAGGAAAACGUAACGGAUGUUGUAUCCAGCAUACGUUUUGGACUAAUCCCGCCGUGGUUGCUCAUCCGUUUGCAGAAACCGGAUGUCACAUCUGUGGGGGUGGGGAGAAUCGUAGCGCAGCCAAUUGUGCGCCAAGCCAUUCAUGAAGGCAUCGCGUACACGACCACGCGGAUGUUUUAUGGAAAAGAUCGAGAGGCCUUUAAGCAGUAUUUGCAUAAGACUUGCGUAAAGCCACCCGUGCAACGCACCUGGAUAUACGACCGGAAAUGUCCCUAUCAUCAUCGAAUGCAAUGCAUUAACACGCUGGACUUAACCUACGACGCGUUCCUUGAAUAUCUUAAUUACACGCAACGCCAGCACCGGGAUUAUUGGAAAUCUUUGGAACCAGUAGAUGCCAGCAAUGUUUGCUUCAGUUGCCAGGCAAAGAAGUCUGAUUUAACUAAGCCCAACCGUUAAGUCUCCACGUUGGUUGUAGAACUUGUAAAAUAUAUAUUUCUACUUAUAUAUGUAUGACUCCCUGUGCAAUUAAACAAUUUCAUUAUUUUAGUAAGUAAAACCGCCUACCU